AUGCUGCGUGAUUCCCUAACUAGCCAGGAGUUACGAUCAAGAGGUGCUGUUCCAUGGAAUUAUAUGAACAACCCAUCUUCUGGAGCCUCUGGUGGUGAUCUCAGCUCCAUUCGACUGAUCGCUAGAGUCGCUCUUUCCCAUCUUAUGAAUCACUUGGGUCAAUUUCCGCUUGUAGGUCUAAAAUGA